GUCACCCCAUCGCGGACUUGGUCCGCACGUCCGAGCUGCCUAGUUCGUAGCGCUCGCCUGAUAUCAGACUAGCUCUUCGUAAUUACUGAGACUCGGCGAUAUGAGUGUUCAGGACAAGCCUCAAGUGCGCGUCGGCGUCGGCGUCUUCGUCACCAAUCAGUCUGGCCAAUUUAUUAUCGGAAAGCGCAAGGGUAGCCAUGGGGCCGGCACAUACGCGCUUCCUGGAGGCCAUCUCGAGUACGGGGAAUCCUUCGAGGCCUGCGGCACCCGCGAAGUCCUUGAGGAGACGGGUCUCGAGAUCGCCGACAUCACCUUCCUGACGGCAACCAACGACAUCAUGGCUUCAGAGAACAAACAUUAUGUCACCGUCUUUGUGCGUGGACAAGUCGCGGGCGAACGGACAGAGCCCCAACAUAACGAACACUGCCCACAGGUCCUCGAGCCGGAAAAGUGCGAAGGGUGGGAAUGGGUAGCCUGGGACCAACUAAGAGACUGGAUCUCUCAGUCGGAGAACCCUGCUGACAGUCGCGCGUUCUUCCUCCCUCUCCGCAACCUCGUCGCGCAACACCCAGACUUCACACCCGUCUGA